GGGAUGAGUGAAGCAGCGAGGAGGACAGGCGAGCUUCUGUCCCACAUAAAAGGUAGAUAUCUGCUCAUAUGAGAGAGAAGAGAUCUGGGAACAUAAAGACUCACUGGGAAGGGAAGUUAUUCUGAAAAAAAGAAGGAAACGGAGUGAGACAAGAACGUUCCUGACAGCAGAGACAGAGGACGCCUUCUGACUCGGGAGGGAGGAGGCGGAAACGGAGAGAACUUCACCACCACUGCAUCAGGACAGAGGAAAAGGAGACCACUGCACGCGCGAGCGUUCAGCCCGGCCGCUGGACCCCAAAGGCAGCACCAUGAAUCCCGAAACUCAGUACGACGACACGGUGUCCACCAUGCUGCUGGAGAACAUCAAGAACAAGUUGAUCCAUGCCUUCAGGGCUAACGGGGAGCCUCUGCCCGCCGGUGGAUCAGGCGCCGACACAGUCAGCAUCUUUAAGAAGAACUUCCAAGCCAAUGAAGAGCUAAGAAGAGCCAAAAUCGAUGGAGCAAUAAGCUGGCUGAGAUCAGAACUGCUGGAGAUGCGGUCGCAGGACCAGCAGCUGGCCAGGACACUGCUGGGCCUCAACAGUGAGAUCCAGAGGCUGAGGAGGGAGGGCACGCCCCCAGCACUGCAGCCAGAGGGCAGAGAGCGCAUCUAACCUCCAGCGAUGAGUGGGAGAAGCCAAGGAGACCAGCCCCUGGAAGCAACGCAGCUGUUCCUGCUUCGACCCCUCGUCGUGACGCAACACAGAGCAGAUUACCGCUGGGCUGCUGUCGGGGGUGCAGCGUGACUCGCUGCAGGUCUGCGGCUAUACUGCAGAUGAUGUUGUUUUUUCAGCUGCUGAGAGGACACUCCUGUGAUUUGUCCCUGGGUAAUUACCCUGAGGUUUGCUGCCAGCGAUGGGCCCAAACAUACCGAAAAUGAGAUGUGUAAAGCUGUAGCACGUCUAGGAGACUUUUUAGGACCCAUUUUAGAACAUGUGUGGUAUGUGUGUCCUAUGUUCUACUGCAGUGACCAACCACAAUAUACACUGUACAACAACGCUCAGAUUCCCGUACAUAUUUCUGUUCCAUGUCGCGUUAGAAAUGCCAAGAACUGUAAGGUUCUGUAAAUCCAAAACCUGUGAGGUGCUUGUAGGAUACAGAUGUAUUUUUAUAUCUGAACAAUGCUUUGAGAAUUAUAACAGAGCAUUACACACCGUGCCUUAUUGUGUUGUAUAAAAAAAGACUGAACCAUUGACAGACUCUCCAGGUGUUCUUUUGGUCUCUUAUUCUCUUUAUGUUUACCAUCGCUCACGUCUGAUCGUUUUUAUUUAUGUGUCAUCGACGAUGGGCUGUAGGCAUCCUUGUGUAGGCAUCCCUCCUGUCGUCAUGGUGAAAUGGGGAUUAAAGGAGAAGGCCAGGGGA